ACAGUAGCUACUUCAAGCCCAAAUAAUUUAAUCAAUUCAACACAAAAUUAGUUUAGACCCCCACCAUUCAUGUAGCUGUCCAGGUCGAGGUGCGCAUCUGAUUAGAUAGAGGAGGGCUUUUUAUUCGUUCAGGAAAUUGAAUUGGGAUUCUAUAGAGCAUUUAGGGGAGAAUUAUGAACUUGAAGAACUUUGGAAAUCAGGCAAUGGAAAUGGAUAGCACAAGUGGCCGGCCUCCAGGCAACUUCCCGUUGGCCAGGCAAGGGUCGAUCUAUUCGUUGACUUUUGAUGAGCUACAAAACACCAUGGGUAGUAUUGGUAAAGAUUUUGGAUCUAUGAACAUGGAUGAGUUAUUGAAGAACAUUUGGAAUGCAGAAGAAAUGCAAACAAUGGGAUUUAACACCAGCACCAGUGUUCAAGAUCGUGGGGGUGUUGGUGGAACAAACUUACAGAGACAAGGGUCGUUAACACUUCCAAGAACGUUAAGUCAAAAGACGGUUGAUCAAGUUUGGAAGGAUUUAUCAAAAGAAAACAGUAACAGUUUUGGACAACCGAACUUGCCCCAAAGGCAGCAGACAUUGGGAGAGAUGACUCUUGAGGAGUUUCUUGUUAAAGCUGGUGUUGUCAGAGAAGAAACCCAUUUAGCUGGUAAACCAAACGAUAACGGGUUGUUCUCUAAUUUAACAAAUAACCCCGGGUUUGGUGCUAUUGGAUUCCAACCGGCUGUAGGUCAGAAUGCUUCUGUUGAUGUUAUGAGAAGCAGGAUCCCUGAUCCUGAUGGUGGUAGUAAUCAAAUUUCAUUUCAAUCUGCAAAUUUACCAUUGAAUGGCAAUGGGGUUCGGUCUGCACAAAAUCAACAGCAACCAUUGUUUCCGAAGCAAACCAAUUUACCAUAUGGAGCUCCGAUGGGUCUAAUGAACAGUAAUCAUUUGGGUAGUCCUGUGAUCCGAAAUGGAGUUGUGGGUCUUUCUGAUCCACUGAUGAAUGGUAAUUUGGUUUCAGCUGCUACUUUACAAGGAGGGAUUGGGGGUAUGGUUGGGUUGGGUGGAGGUGGAGGUGGAGGUGGGGAGGUGACUGUUGCUGCAGGAUCUCCGCCAGUUUCGUCGGACGGGAUAGGAAAGAGUAAUGGAGACACAUCUUCUGUAUCACCUGCUCCUUGUGUUUUUAAUGGAGUUAUGAGGGGAAGGAAAGGGAGUGCCAUUGAGAAAGUUGUGGAACGGAGGCAGAGGCGAAUGAUAAAGAACAGAGAGUCAGCUGCCAGAUCACGGGCUCGUAAGCAGGCGUAUACUAUGGAACUGGAAGCGGAAGUCUCAGAACUGAAACAGAAGAAUCAAGAACUGAAACGGAAACAGGCAGACAUGAUGGAAAUGCAGAAGAAUCAGCAGGUUAUGGAGAUGAUGAAUAUGCAACCUGGAACAAAACGACAGCGUUUGAGGAAGACAGUUUCUGGUCCAUGGUGAAUGGUGGAUCUGAUGUGAUGAUGAUGAUGAUGAUGAUCUAAUAGCAUUCAUGCUUCUGUUUCUGUAAAAGUUAAAAUGGUAUAUGUUCUCCAUUUAAGGUGAGUGAGUUACAGAGGCAUUUAGGUAUAUAGAAUUAUCCCUUUUGAUAUAUGAUAUUACAUUAUAGGUUGUGAAAGAAAGAAAGAAAAAAAGGCAUUUGUUUAGGAUAUAUGAUGCUUCUUUAUCUUGCUUUGUGAUUGUGAAUGCUAUUUAUUAUAGAUUACAUGCUAUAAAAA